UCUUCUGCUUUCCUUCUCGGAGGAGCACCAGGCUCCGUUGGUUCAUGGGCUCCAACCUUGCCUCAACGUGACGAUGGACGCUCCUCAGCCUCACAGCUAUGUGUCAUGUCUCCUAUUUUUUAUUAAGUGUAGCCUGUACCCAUAAAUGGGCUACUACAGUUUCCCUCGAUCUUAUUUCGGACAGUCUGAAAGCAUAAACUGCAUUUUUUUCCUCCUGUGGGAAACGUCAAACAAAAGAUAAAUUUAGCGCAAAUGCAUUGAAGUUGAUACGCGGGUUGCUCGUUCCACUAAUACGGUUCUUCAAUUUUUGCUUUGAUCAAACGCUUUCUAUAUACAAUUUUAUAUUAGAACAGAAUAGCUGCAAUGUUUUAUUUAGUGUAUCUGAGCGAAAGUGCUUCAACGGGAUUGUUGGUCAUUUUUUUUAACAAAGCGGCUUAGGGUGCAAGUAAAGUGUUGGGACGGCAUCGCCAAUCGUAAAUUACAAAUAUGGUCGCAAGCUACUUGUGUGUGUGUGUGUGUGUGUGUGUGUGUGUGUGUGUGUGUGUGUGUGUGUGUGUGUGUGUGUGUGUGUGUGUGUGUGUGUGUGUGUGUGUGUGUGUGUGUGUGUGUGUGUGUGUGUGUGUGUCACACACUCAUGAAUCUACUAACAUAAUCAUGAAUCACUUUGGAGCUGUCAUCGGUUGAUGCUUGAUUGUGGAUUUGUGAGUUUGUUUCUUCACUGUAUUUCUUGUCAUUUGAUUUACAUUUCUUUCAUUUUAAUUUCUUUGAAUAAAGUUGUUGUUUAUCUUCAUUGGUGUUCAGUGCGAUCAGAUUAUCGGCUCUUACGAUGAGUUUUAUUCACAUCGGCUGAGAUUGCUGAUGACGCCUUUGAACGCAACUCGCUGAACUUUGGUACACAAACUGUUGAAAUGGGCGUGUCCAAUGCGCUUAGCGUGCAGUCAAGAAAGCCGAGCCGAGUUACUAUUCCUUCCCGAAAUAAUGUCGCUUUUUACCGCAGGGGACAAGCCGAGGCUGUAAAGAGCAAAGGUGGAGAUGGAUGACUUCUGGACUGUGGUGGUUUGGGCUGGGAGAAUCUGGCUGUGCCUGAUUGUCAGCCUCAUCAUGAUCCCUGCCAUGUUUGGCUUCUCACUGGGCAUCUCCGAGACCUACAUGAACAUCCUGGUGAAAACAUUGGAGUGGGCCACGCUAAAGAUACAGAAGGCAACCAGUGAAGAACACGCACUCAAAGCAUCUGCAUCCAGUGCUCUCAUCCAGAGGGAAGAUGGCUCCAUGGAGAAAGAGUUAGAGGAACUAAGACGAAGUCGCCCCAAACCUUCAGAAGGUGGCGAUUUUACGCUUAGCGACUGUUUCUAUUUUACCCGCCGAGGAAUUGAGAGCAUCGUCGAGGACGAGGUGACCCAGCGCUUCACUUCAGAGGAGCUGCUCUCUUGGAAUCUUCUGACCCGCACUAACAAUGACUUCCAGUACAUCAGUCUGAGGCUGACGCUGGUCUAUGGACUUGGUAUUUUUGUCCGGUACUGCAUUCUCGCACCUCUCAGGAUAACGCUGGCCUGCAUUGGCCUCAGCUGGCUGGUCAUCGGAACAUCUGCAGUGGGGUUGCUUCCCAACUGGAGGAUCAAGUUCUGGCUCAGCGAGUGGGUCCACGUCAUGUGCUAUAGGAUCUGUGCCCGGGGCCUCUCCGCUGCCAUCCGCUAUCACAACAGGGAAAAUAUACCCCGAAAAGGAGGCAUCUGUGUGGCCAAUCACACCAGCCCCAUUGACAUUGUGAUACUCUGCAACGAUGCCUGCUAUGCCAUGGUGGGCCAGGUGCACGGCGGUCUCAUGGGGGUGGUCCAGCGGGCCAUGGUGCGAUCCUGUCCUCACGUGUGGUUUGAGCGAGCUGAAAUGAAAGAUCGCCAUCUGGUGACCAAAAGGUUGAAAGAUCACGUCAAUGACAAGACAAAGCUCCCUAUAUUGAUCUUUCCAGAAGGAACCUGCGUCAACAACACGUCAGUCAUGAUGUUUAAGAAGGGCAGUUUUGAAAUUGGAGCCACAAUUUACCCCGUUGCCAUUAAGUAUGACCCCAAGUUUGGAGAUGCCUUCUGGAACAGUUCCAAGUACAGCAUGGUGAGCUACCUGCUGAGAAUGAUGACCAGCUGGGCUCUCGUCUGCAAUGUCUGGUAUCUCCCGGCAAUGCAUCAGAAGGAGGGGGAAGAUGCCGUCCAGUUUGCCAACAGAGUCAAGUCAGCCAUCGCUCACCAGGGAGGACUAGUGGACCUGCAGUGGGACGGAGGCUUGAAGCGAGCCAAGGUGAAGGAGUCGUUCAAGGAGCAGCAGCAGAAGCAGUACAGCCACAUGGUGGUGGGAGACGACAGCAGCAGUAACAGCGACUGAGAAGAUGGUGCGGGGACCAGAUGAUUUGACUCGAAACUGGUUUCCUCACCACCUGGAUGGACCUGCCUUGACACGCUGCGUCUCGCACAAGUGCAAUAGUGAACUUUGGGGUGAUGAAUGGUGAAUGCGCUGCUGCUAUUUCUGUAUUUUUCAGACUUGAUUGACACGAUGUUUAAUAUAACAGAUUGGAGUUGUUGGAUUCAAACAGCGGAUGCCUGAUGAUCAAUUCAAGUGCUGCUUUUUUUUUUUUUUUUACACAAAUGUUGUCGAGUGAGGUUAAUUUCUGUACCAUGACAGAAAUGUAGAAGCACUUUUGCAAAUGGUUAGCACCGCAAAGGAUCUUGGUUUUCCUCUCUGAAGUCUGAAUGUUGGAAACAUUCAUAGAGAACUUAAACGUACAAGGAAAUAAUGCCACUCCAUUUGUAACAAGCUCCAUAAUUUGACUUGGGCUUGUAUAAAAGCAGGAACAAAUUGUACGGCAUGCAAAUAACAGCUAAUAAAUGUGAUCGGGGCAAAUUGUGAGGUGUUUAAAGGAGAA